UUUGCCAAUGUUUUUGGUGUGCCAAUCAAAGAAUUGAUGUGUUUUAGAGGAUUACAGGUUGAAGACAUUAAUCAAGUAUUGCAUGGACCCCAAAGACCUUAUCAUAGUGCAGAAAAUACUAAUGGCAAAAUGGAGAGGGAAGCCGAGGUUGAUCCUCUGUUGUCUCAUUACCAAAAGGUAAGGGCUUUCCCCUGUAUACUAGAUUUCUGUUGUCUAAGACUUAGUAGGUGAAUUUCACAUGUCCUAAUCAUAGAAGCUUCAAAGCAGCUAAACAUUAGUGAUGUUCUUCUAGAAAUCAAUUUUAUAGUAUUGUCAGUGCCUAACAAUAGCAGAAAUGUUAGUCCUAUUACUUUCAACAAUAGUGCCAAAACUUCUCAAUUGAUCUUCAACCUGCAAGAACUUGUUGUAAUAUGUUGAACACCAGUUUUCUUACAUCAGUACUAUCACUAUUCAACUUGCAAGAACUUAACAUUCUAACAAUAUAAGGUGUAAAAAAUACAUGUUGAUAAUUGGCAGGUCAAAAUACUUGGUCGUAAUAUUAAGAAUUGGCAAAGGGGCUCAAUGUUGGGGAGUGGGUCAUUUGGAGAAGUCUAUAAAGGAAUUGCUGAUCCAGAUGGUUUCCUUUUUGCUGCAAAGAAAGUUCCACUUACUGAUGCACAAAAAGUCAGCUCAAUUGAGCAUGAGAUUGAUUUAUUAUGUCAACUACAUCAUGAACAUAUAGUUGAAUAUUUUGGCACAAAAAGGGAGGAAGCAAAUCUCUAUGUUUUUCUUGAGUUUGUAAAUGGAGGCUCCCUUGAUAAAGUUUACCGAGAGUUUCCCCUUAAUGAUUCCCAAGUUUCCUACUACACCAAACAGAUACCGAAAGGUCUGGAGUAUCUCCAUGAGCAAAAUGUUGUGCACGGAGACAUUAAAUGUGCAAACUUACUGUUGAAUGAGAAUGGAGUUGUGAAAAUUGCUGAUUUUGGAUUAGCAAAGGUGAGUGAAUUGAAGAAUCUUCGCAAGUCAGGCAGAGGGACUCCAGCCUGGUGCGCUCAUGAGGUCAUUGAUUUGACAAAAUAUGGAGGGUUUGGACUUGAAGCUGAUAUAUGGAGUCUUGGCUGCACUGUCUUGGAGAUGUUAACCAAAGAACAUCCAUACUGUCAUUUAGAACCAUGGACGAUAUGGUAUUGGAUUGGAGAAGGUAGACUGCCUUCUAUUCCUGAUUAUCUCUCUGCUGAUUCGCAGGACUUUAUCCUGAAAUGCCUCCUAGUUAAUCCAAAGGAACGUCCGACUACCACCAGCUUUUAGAGCAACCAUUUGUUAAAAGGUCACAGGAAGCAGCACCA